CAUGCAGAGCCUCGUCUUCCUCUGCGCCCGCCGCCUGCUUGGCCACCGGCCCGGCGCCCGCCGCGCGCUGCCCUUCCUGCCCUCCGAGCUCUACCCCGUCCUCUUCCAAGCGGCCUUCCUGGACGGCCGGGCCCUGGCCCUACAGGACCUGGUCACCUCCUGGCCCUUCCCAGUGCUCAGCUUCCAGUGCCUCCUGGGCCGCUGCGGGCACCCGCGGCACCGCGCGCACCGCGCGCCCCACAGCCCCGACAAGCUCUGUGUCCAAGCCGUCCUCGCCGCCGUGGUGGCCCACGUCAGGCGGGAGCUGGAGGAGUCCCAGCAGACCCCCAGCGACAGACAGUGCCACCUGCGGGUGUUGGACAUGACGGGUCUCCAGGAUGACGACACCACCGCCACCGCCCGCGGGCCAGAAGGGAUGAGCCUAUGGUCGGGCACGGUGGCGUUGGCCAAAGCUUGCCUCGAGGUGGCCAAACACCAAAGGGAAGUGCAGAAACGCAAUUCCAAGCGGCGCAGAACCCCCUCGGGAAGCUCCUCCCCGCCCCACGCCGUCGGCGUCGAGAUCCGCGCCGACCUCUUCGUCAACGGCACGUCGUCCGGCGUCCUCCGCGACGCUCUCCAAGCCACUGGCAGCCCCCUGCGGCUCCGCUGCCGGGAUUUCCACGCCGAGGAGCUGUCGGUGACCGGGAUCGUGGCGUUGUUGGAAUGCCUGGAUCCCGGCGGCGUGCGCCGCGUGGAUCUGCGCUUCAACAACCUGGGCCUGGCGGGGCUCUGCGCCGUGGUGCCGCAGCUCAGCCGCUUCCCGGAUCUGCUCAGCCUCAAGCUGCCCUACAGCAACGUGGACGUGCGGAGGCACGCGGCCGGAGCCGACGCCGGGUUCCGGCGUCUUUCCACGCACCUCGGGAAGCUCCGGGCCCUCCGGGAGCUCAACUUGGGAUCGUCGAGGUUGUCCGGGAAGCUCAGGCAGCUGCUACGGAACCUGGAAGCUCCUCUGGAAAGCCUGGAACUGGCCUUCUGCUACCUCCUUCCCGGCGACCUUGCUUUCCUCUCCCAAAGCAUCCACGCUCCGGCCCUGAAGAAGCUGGACUUGAGCGGCCACCACUUCACCGAGAGCCUUCUCCAACCUCUGUGCUCCCUCCUGGAGAACUCCUCCUCCCUCCUCCACCUGGAUCUCAUGGAAUGCCAACUCACAGACUCCCGCUUGGAAGCCCUGCUCCCGUCUCUGUGCCGUUGCUCCCGCCUCCGAUGCCUCGGCCUCUUCGGCAACCCUCUGUCCACGCCGGGCCUCAAGACCUUGCUACGCCAAACCUCCGUCCUCCCGGACCUCUGCCUCGUGGUCUACCCUUACCCCGUGGACUGCUACAGCCGGGAGACGCCGCGGGCACCGCCGCCUUCCGCCGGGCCCUUGGAGGAUGCUUUGGAUGAGGAACGCUUCACCGCCGUCAGCGCCGAGCUCUGCCGCAUGCUGGUGAGCUCCGGCCGUGACAACGCCAUGUGGACCGCCAGCCUCUGCCGCCAAGGCACCCUCGACUACUUCGCCUUGGGAGAGCUUCAGCCCAACCCACAGCGCUGA